AUGUCUCUGACCAAGUCUGACAAAACUAUCGUUGCCUCCAUUUGGAGCAAGAUUGCCACCCAGGCUGAUUCCAUUGGCACCGAGGCCUUGGAGAGACUCUUCACCAGCUACCCCCAGACCAAGACCUACUUCCCCCACUUUGACCUGCACCAUGGCUCAGCCCAGAUGCAUGCCCACGGUGCCAAGGUGGUCAGUGCUAUUGGGGACGCUGUCAAGAACAUUGACAACAUUAAGAGUGCCCUGUCUAAGCUCAGUGAACUCCAUGCCUACAUCCUCAGAGUGGACCCUGUCAACUUCAAGCUCCUAUCUCACUGCCUCCUGGUCACUGUGGCUGCCCACUUCCCUGCUGAGUUCACUGCAGAGGCCCAUGCUGCCUGGGACAAAUUCUUGUCCAUUGUGAGCUCAGUCCUGACCGAGAAGUACAGAUGA